AUGGAGGCCAACCUCGAGCUAGACUGUGUCGCCACUCAACAGGAUACAGGAACCAUCUACGGAAUUGCAACCGCAUCCGGAAAUGACAACAAUGGCAUCUACGGUACAUACGUCGUCCUCGUCAAAUCAAACGCCAGCCCCACCGAUCUCAUAUCCCUCAAAUGGUCCAUCGUCUCCACAACCCCAGCUCUCGACUUGUCAUACGUCUACCCAAAAUUUGCCACCGUCGACUGUGCAGUCUCCAGUAAAGGAGAAUUUAUCGCCUUGUUCCCCAACUUUGAGUUGCCCACGACAAAGACACCGACCAUACCUAUGGGUGUUCGAUAUGACCCUGUCUCUAACAGCUGGUCAGGUAUUCGAGGUUCGCCAUUGUAUGGGUGGAGCUCGCGACCCUGGCAUCAAUUGUUCUAUACCACGGGAAAUGGUGUCGAGUCGCUGGUGCAUCUGAUGGCGGAUGAGGUUGGAACGGUUGUCAGGUUUGGAACUGUCGAUACUACCACCAACAUGCUUCAACUUGCCGACAUCUGGAAACUUAAUUACGGCGAAAAGGAAUAUUCAUCGGGGAGUUUCAGCGACGCAUUUGAAACGGCCUCACACAAUGAGGGUUUGCCUAGAAAUGGGUUCUUUCGGCACUGGGGAUACACUGACCAGCGUAUGUUCGCCCCAGGACCCAAUCAACUCCAUGUCAGUCUCGAUUUGGAAGAUACAAUCAAAUCCUUUCCCUUGACCUCGGCAGUAACAGCAUCCUAUACCAGCUCUUCAAUCUUCUUGGACCACGCCACGUUUCAAAUCAACAGGUUUUUCUCAGGGGCCCGAGGAAACCUGACGACUUUUGUGGCCGCCAUGGGUUAUUUCAAUGGGACAUCAAUGUACACGAUCGAAAGGGAUUCCAAUGGGACAUGGUCCCAAACCUCCAUCCACAAUAUGACAGGGGUCGACACCAAGGGAGACUUUGAAGUCCAUCAGAACAUGAUCACAGCAGGUGGACGACUGCCAGGACAGGAACUCUUUGCUGUCGCCGUAUCGACAAAUGGUCUCUACGAGCUUCAGCUCUUUGGUCCAUCUGCAGGAAACCUCUCAGGACCGAUAGGUGUCACCGUCCCUUCCUCUUCUUUGUACUCUUUCCGCCCUCCACCAGCUACACCCAAGUCUCCUGUGAGGCUAACGGGCACUGAGGAGUUUGGAGUGAUAAUGGGUGUGUUUGUUUUUGCGGUAUUGUUCAUUUGGCGGUGGAAGAAGACGAGGAAUCAGCGAAAGAAGGAGAAGGAGAAGGCGAAGGUGGCAACCAUGGAAGGUGGUGGUGGUGGUGGUAGUGGAGAGGCGUAUAUGAUGGGAAUAUUUCCUGAAACCCAGACGACGCCAGAGGCUGCGAUCAAUAUCACCACAAGUGACAAUUCUCAAAGGGGUGGUUCUCCGUCUGCUUCCGCACCUCCUCCUCCUGCUACAGGAUCACCACAACCGACGAGCGCCGCUUAUACAUACCAAGAUGAGAUCCGGGAGUUGGAGUUCUCACGUCACCCUCGACCCAAUAUUGUUACAUCUGUAGGCAACACAUGA